AUGGGCAGCAUUGCAACCUCUGAGACGGCCACUUCCUGCCCACUAGCCAUCGUAGGGAUUGGGUUGAGGCUCCCCGGAGGAGUAACGAACGACUCUGAAUUCUGGGACCUUCUCGUGAACAAGCGGUGCGCUCGUAGGGAACUACCCGCAGACCGGUACAGCAUCGAUGGGUUCUACAGCGAGUCGGGAAAAAGCGGAUCGGUGCGGUGCAAGUAUGCUUAUUGCCUGGAUGAAGACAUUGGCAAGUUCGACGCGGAAUUCUUCAACAUCUCCCCCAUCGAGCUGGCCAGAAUGGACCCACAGCAACGGCUACUACUGAAGGUGGUCUGGGAAUGCAUGGAGAGCGGAGGUCAGGUCGACUGGCAGGGCAAGGACAUUGCGUGCUUUGUCGGAGUCUUUGGAGAAGACUGGCUGGAUAUGACCCGCAAAGACUAUCAAAAUUUGGGCCAGGGUCGGGUUGGUGGCACAGGUGACUUUGCCAUUGCCAAUCGCGUCUCUUACCACUACGACCUCACAGGGCCAAGCUGCACAGUUCGAACGGCCUGCUCCUCAUCUCUGGUCGGACUUGAUAUGGCUCAACGUGCCAUUGCAACAGGGGAAUGCUCAUCCGCCAUCGUGGCAGGAACCAGCCUCCUCCUCACACCAACUUAUACAAUUGCCAUGACUGAAGAAGGAGCACUCUCUCCAGACGGAAUGUGUAAGACGUUUGACGCCUCUGCAAAUGGAUACGCUCGCGGUGAGGCAAUUAACGCUAUCUAUGUAAAGAAGCUUGAGGAUGCAAUUCGUGACAAUGACCCCAUCCGCGGUGUUAUUCGGGGAACGGGGACAAACAGUGAUGGGAAAACUCCAGGAUUAUCCACUCCCAGCGCCGAGGCCCAAGCAGCGCUCAUCCGGAAAACCUAUGAGCAGGCUGGAAUUUCAGACCUUGCUCAGACGGGCUAUAUCGAGGCUCAUGGAACAGGAACCGCUCUCGGAGAUCGAAUCGAGGCUGGGGCGAUUGCCAACGUUUUUGGUGAAAACGGGAUUAUUAUGGGCGCGGUGAAACCCAAUCUCGGCCAUUCUGAGGGUGCCUCCGGACUUACCGGCCUGAUCAAAGCUGCGCUGGCUCUCGAGCGCAGACAGAUCCCGCCAAACAUUCACUUCAGCACACCCAAUCCAGGCAUUCCCUUCGAGGAAGCCCAACUCAGAGUGCCCACUGAAAUUACCCCCUGGCCAGCAGACCGCAUGGAAAGGGUCAGUGUCAACUCCUUCGGUAUUGGCGGCGUCAACGCGCAUGCCAUUGUCGAAUCCGCUCCAUUCCAUGUCAGGGGCGUAAAGAAGAACAAAGACAGCAAAGGGCGCCCAUAUGUCCAUGUUGUGUCUGCUGACAGCAUGGAAUCCCUCAGUGCCCGAAUUAACGCCACAAAGGAGUAUCUGGCUACCAGCCAAGCCCCCGCAAUCGACAUCGCAUACACACUUUGUCAGCGUCGAGACCACAUGAUAUGUCGAGGCUUCGUGACAAGUGAUGACGACGGUCAGCCUGCGCUGUCGGAUGCGCGCAGAUCCCCUGCGAAGUCCCCAAGCCUGGUCUUUGUCUUUAACGGGCAAGGCGCGCAAUGGGCAGGUAUGGCAGCCGAGCUUCUGCAGGCUUUACCUUCCUUCCGAAACAGCAUAGAAAGAAUGGAUAUAGCCUUGCGGGGGUUGGAGGAUCCCCCAUCAUGGACAAUCUCAGAGACUUUGGCUGAUGCAGCCGUCGGAUCCUGGACCGGCAAAGCAGAGUUCGUACAGCCUCUGUGCACAGCCCUCCAAAUUGGCCUCGUGGACCUAUUCGCCGAGUGGAACAUUCGGCCAGCCACAGUAGUGGGCCAUUCUAGUGGAGAAAUAGCUGCAGCGUAUGCGAUGGGGAGCUUGACAGCAGAAGAAGCGAUUGUGGUUGCUUUCUACCGCGGGAAGUUGGCCAGCUCACUCCCGGUUGAAGGGGCCAUGGCUGCCGUUGGUUUGAGUGCCCAGGAAGUUGAAACGUUUUUGGUGGAGGGAGCAGUAGUUGCCUGCGAGAAUAGUCCUCAGAGUGUGACUAUCUCUGGCGAUGUGGACAAGGUCGAAGCUGUCGCCGAGAGAAUCAAACUUGCACGGCCGGAAACCUUCUACAGACGCCUUCAAGUUAAUAUUGCAUACCAUUCCCAUCACAUGAGAGCCAUCGGGGAGAAAUACAGGGCCAUCCUCGAAAGAUACGUUGGAACUCAUCCCCCCCUUCCAUAUUCAACAGUGACCACAGAUUCUGAAUCGGGUCCGCCUCAGCUAGACGCUGCGUACUGGCAGAAGAACCUGGAGUCCCCCGUGCGCUUCUGUUCCGCGGUUGAGUCCUUACUCAAGGACGAAGAAAGUGCGGUGUUCCUCGAGAUCGGGCCGCACUCAACACUGGCCGGUCCCCUCCGGCAGAUCUUUUCAUCUAGUCGAUCGCCGGCGAAUCCCGUUCACGUUUCCUCACUGGUCAGAGGAAAGGACUUGGUGGGCAGUUUGAUGGCCACGGCGGGCCAUAUCUAUACUCUUGGUUUGGACGUCAACCUCGGUCGUGUCAACGGAACUCGGGACGAGACAGUUCUCACAGACAUGCCACUUUACCCUUGGCAGGAACGCACCUCAUACUGGGAAGAAAGCAGGGUCACGAAGCAGUGGAGGCUCCGGAAAUUUCCGAAUCAUGAGCUUUUGGGGUCGCCAGUGCUGGAGGCCAGCGAUUUGGAGCCUGCGUGGAGAAAUAUUCUGCGACUGGAGGAUGUGCCGUGGCUGGAAGAUCAUAGGGUCGGCGGUGACAUUGUCUUUCCAGGUGCUGGAUAUGUCGCUAUAGUCGGAGAAGCCAUGCGAAGGAUAACUAGCAUACCCCAGUAUACUGUCCAUCGGCUGCAUAUGAACAAUGCUUUGCUUCUUCAAGCAGGGACUCCGGUGGAGCUGAUAACCAAUCUCAGACCGGCAAAGAUCACCAGCGUAUCGGACUCGGCGGCUUUUGAGUUCACGAUUUCUUCCUUCGUCAACGAUCACUGGACGAAGCAUGCUACUGGCCUGGUAAGGGGCGGACAGUGGAAACCAAGAGAUGAUUGUCGUCUUGGAGAUUCCUUGCCCCGCAGAAUCAAUUCGCUCGUCUGGUACCGCGCUCUUUCCACCCUUGGCUUGACGUACGGGCCAACCUUCCAGGGUCUGGAGGAUAUUACGGUGGAUCCGACGGGUGGCAAUGCAAUUGCUACAGUGAAUGACAAGUUCGCGGAUAGCGAGUCUUAUUAUCACAUUCAUCCCACCAUCAUCGACCAGUGUCUGCAGCUGAUGAUCCUGGCAAAAUGUGGCGGAAAGCCACGCAAGAUCGAGCGUCCAGUGGUACCAAAGACAAUCACGGAGCUUCAAGUCGCACCCGCAAGCGAAGCUGUCCGUAUCCAGGUAUCUGUUGGUGCAGCAGAGGGCGAUGCACUUGAUGGGCGCAUAGUGGCCUUUUCGAAUGGGGAGCCUGUUCUCCAGAUGCAGGGCUGUACAUUCAGUAGCCUGGAUAUGGCGGAGAGGGUUGACGAUCUGGCGGCAGUGGAGAUGAAGUGGGCUCCUCAUAUCGACCUCGUGCCAUAUCAGGACCUUUUCCAGGUGAAGUCUAGCAAGAACAAUGCGAUUUUGCUGGAACAACUCACCGUUCUCUGUGUCCUCGCAACUCACGAGCGUCUUCGAUCCACCGAUAUCCUGAUCGAUCAUUUUACCAAAUAUAAAAGCUGGCUUGAAACGGAGACAACGCGGAUUACCAAUGGCGAGUACAACCAUAUCAUCCCCGAGGCUCGUGAUUGGGCAGCAUUGGACUCGCAACAACGCCUUUCCCUCAUCAAAGCAAGAUCAGUGAAUGCAGUGGAAAAUGAGCAAUCAGCACCUCUGAGGAUGGCCGUGGAAUCCAUAUUCGAGAACAUUACGAGUCUGGCGACGGGCGAGAUUGAGCCACUGGAGCUCCUGACGAAAGAUAAUGUUCUGUCAAACUUAUACGCCUCCAAGAAGCAGAUAGAAUCUUUCUUCGCCACGAUGGGUCACACCAGGCCUACCAUAAAAAUCCUCGAGAUCGGCGCAGGGACUGGCAGUACAACAGCCAGAGCUCUUAAGUCGCUUGUUACCAAUGCCGGCAUGCGCAUGUACUCGGAGUACACCUUUACCGACAUCUCCCCGGGUUUUUUCGCCAGAGCGAAGGAGCAAUUUCAGAGCUACGAACAGGUGAAUUACCGUGUUCUCGAUAUUACCAAAGACCCCGAAGAGCAAGGUUUUUCAUCUCACAGAUUUGACCUGAUCAUCGCCGACAAUGUCUUACAUGCAACGCCUUCGCUACACACAACUCUAUGCAAUGUUCGAAAACUGCUUGCACCCGGCGGUAAGCUCUUUCUUCAAGAGCUUUGCACAGAGAUGCUUUUCAUGUCCUUCAUUAUGGGUACACUUCCAGGGUGGUGGUUGGGCAGCGAGGACGGACGCAGCACCAAGCCCUAUGUCCCCGUUCAGAGAUGGGACGAAGAGCUCCGGAAGGCCGGAUUCAAUGGAGUUGACUCCGCCGUCUACGAUGAUGAAGAGCCCUACCAGGUUAAUGCUUACAUUAUCUCCUCUCCAGCGGCGGACGAAGGAGCCUCUGCCCGCUCACCGAUUACCCUCCUGUAUCACUCCAAGAUUAGCGACGCAGCAAGGAAUAUCGAGCGCAGCUUUAUUAAGAUGGGCUACGAUGUUUCCUGGCAAAAGCUGGGCCAGGAUAUGCCGACAGGGCAACUUGUGGUUUCCUUAUUGGACCUAGAAAGCCCCUUCUUCCACGAAAUCAAUGGCCAGGAUUGGGACGCCUUCGUUGCCUAUACUACCUCGAGUGAGUUUGAAGGAAUGGUCUGGCUAACGAAGAACUGCCAGAUGCACUGCACCGAUCCACGCUAUGCACUAGUGUUGGGAGUGGCGCGGAAUCUCCGGUUCGAAAUAUCGGUUGAUUUUGUGACAGUGGAAGUCGACGACCUUGCUUCCCAAGAAGCCACGGAUGGUUUGUUAAAGACUGUAGCAAACUUUCUCGCGCAGAAGAAGCGAGAGGGAGCGGAGAUUGACCCUGAAUACGCGGUCGCCAACGGUACAGUACAUGUUCCCAGAUAUUUCCCAUACUCGCCAAGUGAGCACGCAGAGGAACCGGAAGAGGGCACUGGAAGAAAGUUAUUCAUUGAGAAGAAUGGGUCGCUCGACUCGUUGGCUUGGAUACAGACUCAUACAAGAGAACUGGGCGACAACGAGGUUGAGAUUCGCUUGGAGGCUAUUGGGCUCAACUUCAAGGAUGUGCUCAUUGCAAUGGGCGUAAUCCCUGGAUCGAAGACCGCACUGGGACUCGAAGGGUCAGGAACAGUUGUCAGGACCGGAUUUGGGGUUACCCGAGUUCAACCAGGCGAUCGAGUAAUGACCGGGGCCUCAAGAGGAUGCUUCUCAACCAGUGUGAUUACGGCAGAGAAUCUCUGUGUUCGUAUUCCGGACAGCCUGAGCUUUGAGGACGCUGCCACUAUCCCAAGUGUGUUUUUAACCGCGAUCCACUCUCUGAUGGAGCUUGCCAAGUUGCAAUCAGGAGAUACUAUUCUUAUUCACUCGGCUUGCGGAGGCGUUGGCCAGGCUGCUAUUCAGCUUAGUAAAAUGAUCGGGGCCGAGAUUUAUACCACCGUUGGGAGCGAAGAAAAAGUUCGGUUUCUCAUGGAGAACUUUGGGAUCCCGCGAUCCCGGAUCUACAAUUCACGAGAUGCCAGCUUCGCCGAUCAGGUCCUUCACGACACCGAGGGGAGAGGAGUCGACGUGGUGCUGAACUCCCUGUCUGGAGAGCUGCUUCACGCAUCCUGGCGGUGCGUUGCCAGCUUCGGAACAAUGAUAGAACUUGGCAAGCGCGAUUUCCUUGACUACGGAAUGCUCAGUAUGAACGAGUUCGCAGACAACCGGAAUUUCUCCGGUGUUGACCUAUCCGUGUUGAUUGAUCGGAAGCCGCAGGUGAUCCAACGGUGA